GGCACUUCGUAUUUUCUCUCUCGACUGAACAUUCGACAGCACCCCAAACACCCAACGAGGCACAAACAGCACUCCGUGAUGCGAGCAAAAUGAAGAUGCGGAAACUCCUCGACGUCGCCGGCACUCUGGUCCUUCUCCACUCCUUCGUCCCCUUGGUCUCGGGCCAGAAUUGCUACUAUCCAAACGGCGAUGUUGCGAGGACGGAUGCAUCGUGCUCAAGCGAUGGCGGCGCAUGCUGUCCGCUCAAUUGGGAGUGCUUGAGCAAUGGGCUCUGCUACCUGGAGAACGCGGACUACUAUGGGCGGUACACGUGCACUGAUCGAUCUUGGGGCGGCGACUGUCCGCAGUAUUGCACUUCGAACAACACCGCCGCUGGAAAUGAAGCCAUCAUGUGGUGCCCCGAUGGGAGCUGGUGCUGUGACAAGAACCGAGAUCCUAACAAGCCGACCUGCUGUGACUGGGAUGACAAGGAGGAGAUUGAUGUGCCCAAUUUCUCGACCAUCGCUUCAAUCGCGAGCAUCCCUAAAUCACCGUCUGCCGUUCCCGCCUUCACCAGAGACAGCACGAGCGCCGCAAAGCCCACCACAUCAGACGAUGCAACCACUCCCUCCUCGAGUCGAGAGUCCACCACCACCUCAAUCUCACAGCCCCCGUCAACCAUCACUAGUCGAGUCACUUCAUCCGACUCCACCGGCGGGACCAUCGUCAUAACAUCUGUGGUAGUCAGCCAACCGAAGCCCACCUCCACAAGUUCCAGCUCAGAUGACAACUCCCCCAGCAGAUUCAGUGACAACAAGGGCACGAUCAUCGGUGCCAGCAUUGGCGCAGUCCUCGGAGUCCUCAUCCUCGCGGCCCUAGCUUUCUUCCUCUUCCGCCGGCGUCAAAAUAAGAACAAACACCAGAGUCCUCCAACAUCAGACUACUAUCCUGACAAUCACAUGACCUUCAUGUACAACCACAGCAAGAACGCGCACGAGAUUGACUCAUUCCCCGUGGCAGAUGUCAACAAUAUCAGCGGCGGCGGUGGCGGGGCACGGGGAAAAGAUAAGAGCCGGCCAAUUAGUGAGUUGACAGGCUCAAACCAUUUCAUGCCAGGGGCAGGAGAUGGGAGUCCUGGAAGUCCAGUGAGCAGUUUGGGAACGAGUACGGUGAAUGGAGUGAGUCCGCCAAUGUACAGUCCAAACGUCGGCAGCAACGGGGCAGCAGGAGGAGGCUGGGGAACGACACCAGUGAUGAAUAGCACGAUUCUGCCGGGCGUGCAAGAGCAGCCGGAGCCGCAAGAGUUGCCACCAGAAGGGAACCCGCCGAGGGAAAUGCAACAUUGGGGCACAGCGGCGUGGAUGGGAGCUGCAGCGCCACCGCCACCGCCUGCGAAAGCACAACAUCAGCAGUCAGCUUCGUGGUCGCGGCCGACAUACGGUCAGCAACCGCAACAGCACGCUAACGUGCCCUGGCAUCCACCCCAAGAAGUCUGGCAGCAGCAGCCAGCAGGACAACAGCAGCAUGGAAAACAAGAAGUGACAGAACUGCGACCAAGUGAACCAAACAACGCGAAUACCACAUACCAACCUUACAGACGGCCAGGCCAUACUCCUCAAGGCUCGAUCGGAGCAGCAGUCGCUCAACGCAGCGACGAAGACGAUCCAUUCGCCAACAAAGCUCCAAGCAGCAGCGGCAGCGGACGCAGCAGAGCAAGUCGAGUGAGCGACGAAGACGCACUGCGAACUUCGAGCCCGGAUCCUCCACAGCCGAUACAAGGGGGUCUGAGAGUGGUGAAUCAAUAAGAAAGAGCGAGCUGGAGACCGUACAUAACACUCAAGGUGAAGAGGAGAAAGGGGCGAGUGGCAAGCGAGUAUGAGUCUGCGAAUCGCAGCUAAUACCGUACCUCUUAUACAACAACAGCGAAACUGGGCCGUUUUGUUGUCGCGGCGACUGUGUAGAAUUCUCUCGGAGCAGAACCCACUUACUUUUCCCUUUGUAGCUUCAUGUACAUGGCAUUCAGCCUUUAUGAACGGGGAAGUUG